UCCUUUCAUGCACAUAUUUGGUGUCCUGCAAGCUGAUCGAGGAUCAUUUCGAGGACGCCGCCUGGUCCUCGACACUUCCACAUGGGUUUAGCCAGGCGGCUCUUUAUCCAAACAGAUGCAAAAAUAACCAAGUAGGCUUUUUAUUUAGUAUUUAACGUUAACUUAUAGAUAGCUGCUGGUCAUGCUAAUGUUUUAGUUUACAAACGUGCGCGCGCCACUGGAGACCUUUACGAACUGUUUCACGGAUACGAGCGAAAACUUGACGGGAUUAGUGAAACACGGCGGGUUUGUGGUUUCUAGAGGAAUAAGGACUAUGUUUUGGCGAUAAAAACAGGCUUGGUAUCUCAGGUUGCGCUUUCGAGGGUUGUUGGAGAAGGUGUGUUCGUGUGUCGUUUGUGUCCGGGUGUGGAGAGAUGUCCGCCCGCAGGAGUCAGUCGCUGAGAGCCGUUUCUGUGAUUUUCAUCCUGCUGUUUGUCAACAUCGCAGAAACAUCUGCAGAAGAUGAGGACUUCAAUGCGGAGUCAUGGCUGAGGACGUACGGUUACCUGUCUCAGGCCAGCAGACAGAUGUCCACUAUGCAGUCGGCACAGAUCCUCUCGAGCGCCAUCAGAGACAUGCAGCGCUUCUAUGGCCUGCAGGAGACUGGACACAUGGACUCAGACACACUCAGAGCGAUGAAAAGGCCUCGUUGUGGAGUGGCUGAUCAUUUUGAGGAGUCAUCAGAGGGAGCUGCUCGGCGGAAGCGGUUCGCACUUACUGGCCACAAGUGGAAUCAAGACAAGCUGACCUACAGCAUCCAGAACCACUCGCCCAAAGUUGGCCAGCAGCAAACCUACGAGGCCAUUCGUAAAGCCUUCCGCGUCUGGGAGAAAGUAACGCCUCUGCGGUUCGAGGAGGUCCCGUAUUACGAGAUCAAGAAUGGCACAGAAGGGCCCGACAUUAUACUACUGUUUGCCUCCGGCUAUCAUGGAGACAUGUCUCUCUUUGAUGGAGAAGGAGGAUCUCUGGCUCAUGCUUUCUUCCCAGGGCCUGGUUUGGGGGGAGACACACAUUUCGACACAGACGAGCCCUGGACUCUGAACCAACAGGAGGGAUCAGGUGUGGAUUUGUUUUUGGUGGCAGUCCAUGAGUUGGGUCAUGCUCUGGGGUUGGAGCACUCCAACAACCCCUCUGCUAUCAUGGCACCUUUUUACCAGUGGAUGGACACUGAAAGCUUCUCACUGGCAGAAGAUGAUAUAAAUGGCAUUCACCAGAUCUAUGGACCUCCAGAGACUGUCACCACUCAAGCAGCUCCCACCACCACCCUGUUUACAACCACUGCCAAGCCAGAGCCCACCACCACAGAGGCUCAGCCGAAAACAACCAGACCUUCACUGCAGCCCACCAGGCCCUGGGUGCCUCCUGUUAAUCCCACCAGGAGAACCUAUAGACCCCAGCCCACCAGCCGCUCCAAUCAGGAUGCACCUGACAUCUGCGAGGGCAACUUCGAUACGGUGACCAUGCUGAGAGGAGAAAUGUUUGUAUUCAAGGGUCGCUGGUUCUGGAGGGUUCGGAGGAACCGUGUUCUGGAUAAUUACCCAAUGCCAAUCUCCUUCUUCUGGAUGGGACUUCCAGAGGACAUAGAUGCGGCCUAUGAACGACAUGAUGGGAAAUUUGUAUUCUUUAAAGGAAGUAAAUACUGGCUCUUCAGAGAAGCAGACGUGGAGCCAGGGUACCCUCAGGACUUGUUUCGUUAUGGUCAAGGCAUGCCUGAAAGAGUGGACACGGCCGUGUGGUGGGAGCCAUCUGGAUAUACGUACUUCUUCAGAGGAGACAGAUAUUGGCGGUUUAGUGAAGAAUCUCGUGCCAUGGAUAAAGAUUACCCUAAACCAGUGAGCGUGUGGGGCUCCAUUCCUGUUUCCCCAAAAGGGGCCUUCCUCAGCGAUGAUGGAGCUUACACGUACUUCUACAAAGGCACCAAAUACUGGAGGUUUGACAACAAGCGAAUGAAGAUUGAUUCUGGAUACCCGAGAUCCAUUUUAAACGACUUCAUGGGAUGCCGAGUACACUUUGAUGUAGAACCAGAGAUCUAUCCUGACCACCAAUCGCCUGAUAUGACUGACAACAAUCCAGACCCUGAGGACUACAAAAAUGGUGUCGACGAAGAAGAUCCAGAUGAGAGAAACAAUGAUGAAGAGGAUGAGAAAAAGGAAGUAGAUGUUAUUCUGAGAGUGAACGACAAUGAUAAACACAUCAUAACACUGAUCUUGGUGAUUGUGCCUUUGGUUCUUGUGCUGUGCAUUCUGGGAGUGAUAUAUGUCAUCAUCACCACACUACAGAGGAAAGAGACACCCAAAGUGUUAGUUCACUGCAAAAGGUCAUUGCAGCAGUGGGUCUGACAGCGUUCACACUCCUAAAUAUUUCCGCACAUACGUUUUCUACGAGACACACACAUUGUCGUUUGAUUGUUCCUGGUGCUCAUCCAAUCAAACUCCCUGUUCCCAAAGUAGAAAUUGCACUUUUUAUAGUUUUACAAUUGUUUGCUUGUGAUGUUGCGAGUGAUUUCAUCUGUCUGCGAGGUUUUAUGUUUUCCUUUUGAGCCUGGUCACUGACUAUGUGUCCAAAAAGAACUACUUCUACACUAUGUAGUAGGUGAAACUUUACGUGAGCCAAGUAGUGUUUCCAAAUUCAUAGUACAAGUAGGUGAAAAGUAAGAGGACAACUAACUGCUUCCGAUAAUAUUUUGAAGUGCACAUCCACUGGUCACUUCAAUGAGGCCAUGCUGUAGGUCACAUGACAGAGACAUGUCUCAUUCAUACUACACUUUUAUUAGGUACACUAGUUCAACUGCUUGUGAACGAAUAUCUCAUUAGCCAACUCCAUUGCUUCAUGUAGGCAUGGCCAAGAUGAUCGGCUGAAGAGUCAAGAGAAUGACUUUGACCGUGGCAUGAUUGUUGGUUUCAGAUAGACUGGUUUGAGUAUUUCAGAAACUGCUGCUCUACUGCAAUUUUCACACAGAACCAUCUCUAUAGGUUACUGAGGAUGGUCUGGUCUAAAAAAAGAGAUAUUCACUUAGUAGCAGUUCUGUUGAUACAAAUGCCAAAGUUUAGGGGAGAAUGGUUAGACAGGUUGCAGAAAAGCAUCUGUGAAUAUAUAACACAUUUAACCUUGAAGCAGGUGAGCUACAGCAUAAGAAGAGCACACCAGUCCUGUUAGCUAAGAGCAGCAAAUUAAAGCUACAAUUGAAACAGGCUAAUCAAAGUUGGUCACUAGAAGAUCGGAAAAGGGUAGCCUUGUCUCCAUUUCUGCUGAAACAUUUGGGAGGUACGGUCAGAAUUUGGUGUAAACAACAUCUGAGCAAAGAUCCAUCCUGCUUUGUAAAUGUUUGUAAAAAUCUGAUGGUAGUGUAAUGUGUGGGAGAUAUUUUUUUGGCAAACUUUGGGCCCUUUGGUACUGACUGAGAAGCAUCACAGCCUACCAGAGCACUAUUGCUAUCUGUGUCCAUGUCUUAAGGACCACAGUAUAUCCAUCUUUACAGUACAUCCAGAAACGUUUUCCACAUUUUUUAUGUUACAGCUUUAUUUUAAAAUGGAUUAAAAUAAUUUAUUUCCUCAAAAUUCUACACACAAUCCCCCAUAAUUACAAUGUGAAUUUUUUUUUUUAAUUGUUGCAAUUAAAAAUAAAAACCCUGAAAAAUCACAUGUGCAUAAGUAUUCACAGCUUUUGCUCAAUACUUUGUUGAUGCACUUUUGGCAGCAAUUAUAGCCUCAAGUCUUUUUGAAUAUGAUGCCACAAGCUUGGCACACCUGUCUUUGGUCAUUUUUGCCCGUACGUUUUUGCAGUACCUCUCAAGUUCUAUCGGGUUGAAUGGGAAGCAACGGUGUACAUUUUCAGAUCUCUUCAGAGAUGUUCAAUAGGAUUUAGGUCUGGGAUCUGGCUGGGCCACUCAAGGAUAUUCACAGAGUUGUUGUGAAGCCACUCUAUUGAUAUUUUGGCAAUGUGCUUUGGGUCAUUGUCCUGCUGGAAGAUGAACCGUCACCCCAGUCUGAGGUCAAGAUCACUCUGAAGCAGGUUUUCAUUCAGGAUGUCUCUGUACCUUGCUGCAUUCAUCUUUCCCGCUAUCCUGA